AUGGGUUCUCUCUCUGUAACCACCGAGCACGAUGUCACCAUCGCCUCUUUCGAAAUCAUAGAUUUGCGUUUCCCCACGAGUCUUGACGGUGUCGGGUCUGAUGCAAUGCAUGUGGGCACUAAUGGUUCGCAUCCUUACAUUCAACUGAAGACAAACCAUAACGAUUUGGUCGGAGAGGGGAUUGCUUUCAGCAAUGGACGGGGAAGCGAACUGAUAUGCUUGGCCCUCGACAUUUUCGCACGCCGUGUCGUUGGAAAAACGAUGCACGAACUCACUCGGAACAUGGGCAAGACAUGGCGUUAUAUGGUCUCGGAUUCGCAGUACCGGUGGAUUGGCCCAGAGAAGAGUGUCACACAUCUGGCGGUCGCCGGAGUAUUGAACGCAGUUUGGGAUCUAUGGGGGAAGAUUCUGCGUAAGCCUGUGUGGCAGAUCGUUUGCGAUAUGACCCCGCAGCAGAUUGUACAGUGUAUCGAUUUCCGAUAUAUCACGGAUGUCAUCACCCCUGAAGAGAGUAUAGAAAUGCUCAAGAAAACACAGAGGAAUAAGGACGAUCGACUGAAGGAAGUAUUCGAGAACCAUGCGGUCCCUGCCUACACAACUUCCGCGGGGUGGCUGGCCUUCUCCGGUGACCGCAUGCGAGAAGUGCUACAAGAAACCAUCGCGGCUGGGUUUACCGUCUUCAAAUUCAAGGUUGGUACUAGCGUGGAAGCAGACCGAGAGAGGCUUUCUGCUGUCAGGCAAGUGUUGGGAUACGACAAAGGAUAUCAGAUUAUGAUUGAUGCAAAUCAGGUGUGGAGUGUCCCAGAAGCUAUCGACUACAUGAAGCAAUUAGUAGAGUUCAAGCCGGUUUUUAUUGAAGAACCUACUAACCCUGAUGAUAUCCUUGGCCACGCAGCGAUUCGGAAGGCCCUUAAACCAUAUGGUGUUGGCGUUGCCACUGGAGAGGCAGCACAGAAUCGUGUCACUUUCAAACAGCUCUUGCAAGCCGAGGCAACGGAUGUUUGCCAGAUUGAUGCUGUCAGGCUCGGUAGCGUGAAUGAAUGUCUAGCUGUCAUGCUCAUGGCACUCAAAUUCGAUAUACCCUGUGUGCCGCAUAAUGGGGCCAUGGGGUUAACCGAGUUGACUUCUCACCUCAGCAUAAUUGACUACGUUGCCAUCACUGGGCGUAAGUCAAUGCUCGAAAAUGCCGAUAGCCACCGCGAGAAUCUGCGCCAUCCUUCCAGGAUUGAAAAUGCCCAUUAUGUCACGCCUCUGGCCCCUGGGUACUCCACUGGGUAUACCGAUGAGGCACUGGAGAAAUACACCUACCCUUCAGGUAGCUUUUGGAGCAGUGAUAUCGGACAACAAAUUAUCGCCCAGCCUACCGGUGGUGAGUUGUAA